AUGUUCUUAGCAUUGCUCGACCUCUGCAUCCUCUCCUUUGUCUCCGCCCUCAUCCUCCUCUCCCUCCUCUCCCUUUGCUUCAUCUUCCACCUCCGUCUCAAAUCCAAGUCCCUCCUCCACCUCCAAGAUUUUAACUCCCUCUGGACCGUCCGCUUCCUCCUCGUCCUCUUCAUCUUCUUCUGGGCCUUAUCCCAGCUCCUCCUUCCCCUCCGCCUCUUCUCCUUCCUCUCCCCUAUCCCCCUCCCCCGGCAGGCCGAACUCUGUCGCCUCCACAUCGUCCUCUCCCUCGGCUUCUUCCAGCCUGCCUUCCUCGUCACCCUCCUCUUCCUCCUCAACGCCUCCAUUCGCAAGAAGACACCUAACGAUUCCUGGGCCAUCUCCUUCGUCCUCCUCACCUGCCUUCCCAUCUCCCUCGUCCACCUCCUCUUCAUCCUUCUCAGGCCGUACGAGCUCCGCUUGCCCCUCUCUUUCCAUCAGACUUCCGUCGUUCGGACCAUUGACGACUCCGGCAUCGAGACGGUGCUCUGUGCUUACCCCUUGUUGAAUAGCAUUGUGUUUGCCGCUUUUGGGGUUUCCUACGGCCUGUGGUUCUUGUGCUCCACGUGGAAGGUGCUGUCGCUGGUGAUUAAUAAGGGCCUGAGGAUUCGGAUUUACGGGCUGGCGUUCGCCGUUCUGGGGUCCCUGACGGUGCAGAUUGUGUUUCUCGGAGUGAUGGCGCUGUGGAACCCCGACGAGGAUUUGUACUCCGUGGCGACACUGGUGGUGUUCUUGAGCGCGCUUUGCUCUGCUACGGCGGGGGAGGGCAUCUUGGUGAUCAAGCCGAUUUCCGACGCAUUGGACGCCGGAGGGAAGUGUUGCCAGAUUCCCAGUGAGGGCGGCCAGUCAAGGAGGUCAACGGCGGGCGUGGGAUCGACUUCUGUGUAG